CUUAUAAACUUCAUUUUUGUAUGAUACUGUUGUGCAAAUCCUAGAGGAAUUUCAUUCAUUUCACUUUGGAGCCAAAAACAUCCCAUGCUUAUUGGAAUUCCAUUCAUUUUCCGUUGGGCCAAUCAACAGGGACACACCUCCUGUUUUUAGGGAUAUUACACAGGCUGGUUUUGGAUUGUGCUCAGCAAUUUUUGGUCAGACUGGAAUGUUUAUCCCUAAAUCAAAAGAGAGACAAUAAAGGGGCUCUGCUCUCGGUGUUGUUGAUUGGUGACGGUGGGUAGGUGGGGCAGACGGGCGCUAAAAAAUCUGCACCUCUCCUUCUGCACCUUACUUUCAAACUAUUUGUUGCUGGUUAUCAGCAUAAAAACACUCAGAGACUAGUCAGACAGCAGAAGGACAGUGUCUUAACAGGUUAUUAAAGCAUUAUCCAGAAACAUCUUUCAGCAUUUGGCAGUAAAAAUUGAAGCACCUUGAUGUUCAUCAUGACCGGAAAAGCAAUGAUGUUGAUGAGUAUGCUCUUCAUCCUGUCUGUGGGUGCAGAGGAUAAAUCACUGCUCUACCGGAGGCCUGCAUGUGGAGAUUUGAGUGGAAAUCAAGCGUGUCCUCUCAACUUUUCUCCUGUUUGCGGAAAUGAUGGCAUCACAUAUGUCAAUGAAUGCACCCUGUGUGUACAGAGAAUGCACACUAACACAGACAUUCUGAUUGUGAAAGAAGAUCGGUGCUGAAAUGGAUAGACGUAAAUGACAUCAUUUGUUUUUUAUCUUUGUUUGUUUAGAAGUGUAUUGCAUGAUGAUAUAUCUACGUAGAUGUGUGAAAUUAUUAAAUUUGUUUUAACCUAAGGACUUGAAGUGAUUAAAUAUGUGAUUAAAAAGUUUAAUCCAAUUGAAUGAACUGUUAAUUUACAUUUAGUAAAGAGUUUUAUUGAUUUGGUUUUAUAAUGAAGGUUUGUUUUACAUUUUUAUAGUUUGGAAUUUUCCCUAAUUUUUCAAAGUGUAAUGGUUUAAGAAUGAAGUGUUUGAAUCAUGUUAACAAAAACUGUUUACCUAACAGAAAUAUAAUUUUUUACAAAUGUUUCAACAUUUUGCUAAUAAAAUUAAGCUAUUGAGACAAACAAUUGCAAAGUUGGUCUGAUUCAUUUAUGGCUUUAAGUUAUUCGCCCUAUA